GUGUUUUUGUUUGGCGGCUUACACAUGAGAUCUUUGUUCUGGUGCGGCGCAGCGCAGCUUCACGCAUGCACAGUCACCAUGUCCACUUCAAUCCUCUCUGGUCUCAAACCCAUUUCCGUUAACACCCUCCUCAACGAAGGAGCCCUCAAACCCGCUUUUGAAUCCUUAACCCUCCUUUCCUCUCACCCACUCACGCCCCCCUCGCUUCUCGAACACGCGCAUUCUCUCCUCCUUGACUUCUGCACCACUGAGAAAGCCCUCCCACAAGGCCAACAGUUGCAUGCCCGUUUGUUAAAAUCUCACGUUUCGGCGUUUCUAGCCACCAAGCUUGUCCACAUGUACGGAAAAUGUGGCUCUUUGAGCGAUGCACUCAAAGUGUUCGGCGAAAUAACUGAAAGAACUAAUUUUACCUGGAAUGCCAUGAUGGGUGCGUUUGUGUCAAGCGGUAAAUACCUCGAAGCAAUUGAGUUGUACAGAGAGAUGAGAGUCGAUGGAGUGGCGCUUGACGCUUGUACUUUUCCCUCCGUGCUUAAAGCGUGUGGUGCUCUUGGAGCAACUCGCUCUGGGGCUGAAAUCCAUGGUGUGGCUGUUAAGUGUGGAUAUGGUGAAUUUGUGUUUGUGUGCAAUGCGCUUAUAAGUAUGUAUGCCAAGUGCGGUAAUCUUGAUGGGGCCAGGAUGCUGUUUGAUGGGAUUAUGAUGGAGAAAGAGGACGCUGUUUCUUGGAAUUCUAUUAUUUCGGCACAUGUAGCAGAAGGGAAAUGCUUGGAGGCAUUGUCGCUUUUUAGAAGAAUGCAGGAGGUUGGUGUCGAGAGUAAUACAUAUACUUUUGUUGCAGCUCUUCAAGGUUGUGAGGAUCCCUCGUUUGUUAAACUGGGUACGGAGAUUCAUGGUGCCGUGUUGAAAUCUAACCAUUUUGUUGAUGUCUAUGUUGCCAAUGCUUUGAUUGCCAUGUAUGCAAAGUGUGGUCGUAUGGAGGAUGCUGUAAGAGUUUUUGAAAGUAUGCUUUGCAGGGAUUGUGUAUCUUGGAAUACAUUGCUCUCUGGUUUGGUUCAAAAUGAGCUCUAUAGUGAUGCUGUAAAUUACUUUCGAGAUAUGCAGGGUUCUGGCCUGAAGUUUGAUCAGGUGUCAGUGUUAAACUUGAUUGCUGCGUCUGGCCGAUUGGGAAAUUUAUUGAAAGGGAAGGAAGUUCAUGCCUGUGUAAUAAGAAAUGGAAUGGAUUGUAAUAUGCAGAUUGGGAACACCAUGAUAGAUAUGUAUGCCAAGUGUUGCUGUGUGAAAUAUAUGGGUCAUGCUUUUGAAUGUAUGCCUAAAAAGGAUUUGAUUUCUUGGACAACUGUUAUUGCCGGUUAUGCACAGAAUGAAUGCCAUCUAGAAGCAAUGAACUUGUUCCGGAUGGUUCAGGUGGAGGGGAUGCCUGUUGAUCCCAUGAUGGUUGGAAGUGUUUUGCAGGCUUGUGGCGAGUUGAAAUCUAAAAACUUUGUCAGAGAAAUUCAUGGUUAUGUUUUGAAAAGAGAUUUAGCUGAUACAGUGCUACAAAAUGCCAUUGUCAAUGUAUACGGAGAAGUUGGGCAUAUAGAUUAUGCAAGACGUGUAUUUGAAUCAAUUAAAUCCAAAGAUAUUGUGUCUUGGACAAGUAUGAUUACCUGCUGUGUUCAUAAUGGACUUCCAGUUGAGGCUCUUGAACUUUUCUACACUCUAAACCAAUUUAAAAUUCAUCCCGACUAUAUAGCUCUCAUUAGUGCACUAUCUGCCACUGCUAGUUUAUCUUCAUUGAAGAAAGUGAAGGAGAUUCACGGGUUUCUGAUUAGGAAAGGUUUUUUCUUGGAGGGACCAAUUGCUAGCUCCCUGGUGGAUACGUAUGCUCACUGUGGGAAUGUGGAGAACUCAAGAAAGAUAUUUAAUUCUGUAAAAAAAAGAGAUUUAAUUUUAUGGACUUCCAUGAUUAAUGCAAAUGGAAUGCAUGGAUGUGGACGUAGGGCCAUUUCUUUAUUCGAGGAAAUGACUGAUGAAAAUGUUAUUCCUGAUCAUAUAACAUUUUUGGCUUUAUUAUAUGCAUGCAGCCAUUCAGGGUUGAUGGAUGAAGGUAAGAGGGUUUUCGAUAUUAUGAAAUAUGAAUAUAAACUAGAACCCUGGCCAGAGCAUUAUGCCUGUAUGGUUGAUCUCCUCAGCCGUUCCAAUUCCCUUGAGGAGGCUCAUAGUUUUGUGAGAAACAUGCCUAUCAAACCUACUUCUGAAGUCUGGUGUGCUCUUCUCAGCGCUUCCCUCAUUCAUUCUAAUAAAGAACUGCGAGAGCUUGCAGCAAAGAAGCUCUUACAAUCGGAUACAGAGAAUUCAGGAAAAUAUGUAUUGAUAUCAAACAUCUUUGCAGCAGAUGGUAGAUGGAACGAUGUUGAAGAGGUGAGGUUGAGAAUGAAAGGAAAUGGCACGAAGAAGACACCAGGAUGCAGUUGGAUUGAGGUUGAGAAUAAGAUUCACACCUUCAUGGCAAGGGACAAGUCUCAUCCAAAAUCUGAUGAUAUUUGUCUAAAACUAGCUCAGUUUACAGAACUUCUGGAAACAGAAGGCUAUAGGGCUCAAACGAAGUUUGUGUUCCAUAAUGUCAGUGGAGAAGAAAAAAUGCAGAUAUUAUAUAGACAUAGUGAAAGGUUGGCACUUGGUUUUGGUCUGCUUGUUACGCCAAACGGUUCUACUAUUCGGAUCACAAAAAACCUUCGAAUUUGUGAUGAUUGUCAUACAUUCUUUAAGAUAGCAUCAAAAGUCUCCCAACGGACCCUUGUUGUAAGGGAUGCCAAUAGGUUCCAUCAUUUUGAAAGAGGAAUUUGUUCAUGUGGAGAUUUCUGGUGAAUACUUGAUAAUAUGAAAAUUUAUA